CACAGAUGAUAUAAUAUUGUUGAUUGUUUACGUGGGAUGACGUUUAGGUGAUUAAGGAUAAUAAUUCGAAGUCUAGUUGAAUAAGGCCAAAAUAGUUAAUUGGCUUAGUGAAAAUAACUAUGGCAGAGACAACGACGAUAGAACCUGAUUUUGACAAAAUUCUCGCCGGAUUAGAUAAGAAACAAGACAGCAAAUACCUCUUUAAAAUAUUGACAAAUAUUAGAAAGCAAGUUGAGUGGCCCAAACACAAAGAACAAAUCGCAAGUUUCCGAACGAAAGGGUAUAUUAAACAUGUAAUAAGAACUUUGCAAAUGCCUCAGAAACAUAUAAUAGAUGUGUCCUUGAGUAUUUUAGGGAAUUGUGUUUUAGAUAAAGGAUGUGCUAGAAUGGCAAUUGGAACUUACAACAUUCUCACAUCACUGGGUCAAUUGUUGGAGCGCUAUCCAACUGAAAAUACUAUAAAUGGAAGAAUUUUCAGAAUUCUUGGAAAUAUGUGCACCCAUAGAGAUCAGUGGGCUAACACAAUUGUGGAGAGAAAACCGGAAUUCGUACAGCAUACAGUAGAUUUGCUAAAUACAGUUUGUGAAGGUGAAUUUUCCUUGGAAAAUUAUUCUGAAGCUACAGUCACAAUGGCGGUGCGGCUCCUGAGAUUGAUGCGUUACUCUAUCAUGAGAGUAAACUCGCUCGGUGUGCUGAAAGUUGUGGGCUGUCUCUUUGCGAAGCUGACAUCCAAGUGGGAGGAAACGGGGGCCUAUGCAAACCUUCUUAACAAUGUUAUAAAAAUAUUGUAUGAAUAUACUCGGUUCAACACGUAUCAUUGCAUAUCUGAAUUGAAGAAAUCCCAUGAAGAAAAUCCUUUGAUGUGCUUGAGCAAGGUGGUCUUGUUAAACCCUAAAUGCGUCGUAAAAAUUUUUCUGAAUUGUUUGGAACACUCUCGACUCAGAUCUGAACUGCCGAUUUGUGAGAUAUUCGCAAUGUUCAACGACAAGCUGUUGAAUUAUAGUAAAGAAGAACUAGGAGUCAAUUACAUGAUAUACAUUGAUUGCCUCUGCUCCCUGUUGGACCAUCCGAUCCCCCGCAGCCUUGAACAGUGGGGAUCGUGCGUGAAAACUUUCGUAAAAGUGCUCGAAACAUUGAAGGAACCUUCUAGAAUCGAACUAAAGUGCUGCAACUCGAUCAUCAGAGCUCUCACCCAAUGCCGUUAUGAAGAGCGCUUCAUAACGGAGGAACUCGAGUGUAACAUAAUUCCAGUACUGGCCGGCAAACUGAAGUGGGCGAUGGGCGUUAAAGACGAGUCAGAAAGCUUGGCGGUCAGUCACAAGGUGGACAGGAAAAGAGGCAACCCGAUGAUGGUGAGAAAGUUGCUAGGUAACAGGGAAAAACCAAAAAGGCGGUUCAUGAACUUGGAGAGGUGCAACAGGAGCGAGUUUUUGGAUUAUACAAACAUUGACUCGCCUAUUGAAAGGAUGCAUAUGUCGCAGUUUCCGUCCCCUAGCAGCGACGAUGAUUGUAGACCACCGUGGGACCGCAGUCCCAGCCCGUGUUCGAGUAACGAGGGCAGCACUGGAUCUUCGGCAUUGUCGCCUUUCGGUAGCCCCAAACCUCCAACCGACUACGAAUUAGAGUCCGAUUCGGAUGAUUAUUCUCCUGUUUGUAGCGAUGCCGACAGUUCGGAGUUUGAUUACAAUGAUUUACCGUACUACGAUGAGCAUGUAGAAUUUGAAAGACAAAUUCAAAAUGAACAACACGGAUCUGAUAAAUCCUCCAGCGAAAAUCCCCUCCCCGAUAACCUCAAAGUGACUUUGCUCUACGAAAUAUGCAAGCUACUGGACAGUUUCGUAAAAUUCCAACCGCCCCAGCUUGCUUCCCAAGAAGUGAUCUACUUGCUUUUGAAGAGUGCCUUGUACUUUCCGAACAAGUUCUCGUACAGGGAAGCCUUCGCUGACUUGAUAAACAAAAUUCUCAAAUGUCAAUCCUACGUGAUCCCCUUGCUGAGGACUAACAUCAUCGAGCACUUAUACGACCUUACGGAGUAUCAGCACGACAAGCUUUGUCUCAAAUGUUUGGAAAACAAACAUUUUGGCAACAAGAUACUGGGGUGCUUUACUUACGUGGCGGAGUCUGAGGUCUCCAAAGGAGAGAUUGCUCACGCGCUGAUCAGGGGAGAUGACGAAAUGAAGGCGCAACUCGUUCUGGUUAUUCCUUACGUCAUUACAGACCACAGCCUGCUCAAGCAAUUCCUUUUAGAGUGCGGAGGGCUGAGAGUCCUGAUGAACCUGUUUCAGCAAAACGACAAGUACACGGACCGAUCCAUGAGGACACUGUGCUCCCUAGCGAAAGAAAGACUGGAAAUACCAAACCCCAUAGACGUCGAAACGUGCGGUACGACGUCAGGUCCCUCCUUUCACGACGGGCUCCCGGGUAAAACGACACUGUCGGGGAGGCUCGUGGCCUUCAAGCUGGACGAUGGAGAGGUCGUACAUACCGAACGCGAUUUCCUGACCAGUAAGUCGGAGUUCUUCGCGAUCUUGCUGAACGGUCACUUCAAAGAGAGCGACGAAGACGAGGUGAAUCUGCACAACGUCAAGGGCGAGUCGCUGCGAUGCUUGCUCGAUUUGUUGCAGCAUGACAAGCUGCGCUGGGCUAUUCUGCGCAGGAUCCGACUGGAAGUCCUGCUUGAUACUGCCACUUUAGCAGACCGUUAUUUGCUGACGGAUCUGUGCAUGUACAUCAUCGAAUGGAUCGAAAAGAAGUUGAUGAUGCCGCAAACUGUGGCCGCCAUCUACCGGUGGUCCAUUGAAUCGCAACUAAACCUGCUCAGGGUUGAGUCUGUCGCGUUUGCGAUGGUGUAUAAGUACGGCGACAAUAAGAGGGUGAACAUGUUGAAGCAGCUGUUCGAUCUGGGGUACAUUGAGGAGCUGGCAGAGGACAUUUAUGAUCUGUUGGCCAGGUACGUCACCAUGGAGAGAUUCAAGAUUGUCAAGAAAGUUAUUGUGAUACCGUCUAUUGAGUUGGACUUCGAAUUCUGAUGAGAAAUGGAAAAUUUGUCUUGGUGUGACUCGUAUUGUACAUAAUUUUUGUUUAUAUUCGAAAGUAUUUGUUACUUUAUGAUAAAAUAUGUUUUAUAUGGAAAACAAAAGUACUGAAUAAAAUUAUUGAGAUUUUUAUAAAAUUA